GCCAGGCACCUGGUACCGCUCUAUGGUUCCGGGGCGACACUCUACACGCACAUCCGCCUCCUCUCUAUGCUCCAAACGCGAGACUGGUCCCCAGGGAGCAGCGGGGCGGGAACAAGGGCGGCGGAACCCGCCCACUCCAAUGACUGACACCCACGAUGACCAAUCAGGACAAGACAAAGCUUUGCCAGUGGGCCCCGGUUGGCCAAUCAGGGGCCUCCCUGCUGGGAAGCACCAGGAGGGACCCGUGGGGCUGCCGUUGGAACCGGAGGCCAUGGAGCAGACCCAGCUGCUGGAGUGGGAGGAGGACGGGGACCCCCCCGGGGGAGAGGCCGACAGGGAAGCGCCUCAGCCCGUGGGGCGGCUGCACCUGCUCAGCAGCAAAUAUGGGCCGGAGCAAGAUUUCUGGAUCUACCCCGGGGAGAACGUGGUGGGGCGGCUGCCGGGCUGCCAGGUCUGCUUGCCGGCCCCCUCGGUCUCCAAGGCCCACGCGGUGAUUGAGGUCCCAGCGCCGGGCGGGCCCCACCUGCUCUAUGACCGGGGCAGCCUGAACCGGACCCGGCGCCAGCGAGGCGUCCUGCUGCCCCACGUCCGCUACAGCCUAGAGGAUGGAGACACCCUCAUGUUUGGGGACGUGGGCUGCCAGUACUUCCUGCUGCCACCAGAGAGCGCCGACCCCGAGGACUCUCUGGAGGUGCCGCCCACCCAGCCCCGGGCCCCCAACACCCUGGCCAUCGAGGAGACCCCCGCACCCAGCAAGAGGAUGGGCUACGGGCCCCUGCUGGCCAGGGACUCUGAGGAUGAGGAGGAGCUGCAGAGUGGAGGAAGGCUCCUGCACCUGCCAGGGAGCAAUGGCUCUGCCUCCUCCUCUGACGCUGGCGUCCAUUCCCACACAGCCUUCUCCUCCCCGGGUGCAACCGUGGUGCCGGAAAGCGACGAGGAAGGUGGCGAUACCCCUGACGCCCCCUGCCCCUCCCUGCGCCUGAGCUAUGGCGGCGAGCGGACCCCUGGCCCGCCGGAGAACGGAGUCGCUGCCCUGGGUACCGAGCAGUCCAGGGCCCCAGGGGUGGUUGGGACAGACCCAGAGCCCAUGUUGGCCGCCUGCCGCUUUGUCAAGUGUCCUGGCCACAUGGGCAUUGCCUCGGGCGCGGGGCCGGGAGCAGCUGUCAGGGGCCUGGGGAACGGUUGCCCCGCUGAGGUGGGCAGCAUUACAGAUGUGGAGGAGGUAGUACAGCAUCCAGAUGUUGUGCAGAAGAACCAUGGACCUGCUCUCCUGGGGGACAGCGAUACAGAUGAUGAUGUGGAUCCAAAGUGCCACCCAUCUGCCAUUGAGAUGGGCAGUGAUACAGAUGUGGAGGAGGAGGCACGGAAUCCAGAUGUGCAUCCAAAGGACCAUCAGCUUGCUGGAAAUGGGGACUGUGAUACAGAUAUGGAGGCACCACUGGAGAAUCCAGAUGUUGUGCAAGGAAUGAAGAACCAGCCUGCUGCCCCUGGGGACAGCGAUACAGAUGUGGAGGGGGCUGGAGUGAAUCCAGAUGUGGGUCCAAAGAGCUAUCAGCCCAGCUUUGAGGUGGACAGCGAUACAGAUGUAGAGGAGGAGGCGGCGGCGGCGGCAGCAAAUAAUCCAGAUCUGCGGAAGAACCAUCGACAUCCUCUCCCUAGGGGCAGCGCCACAGAUGUGGAGGGGGAAGUGGAGAAUCCAGAUGAUGUGCAUCUUGAGAGCCAUCACUCUGCCAAAAAUGGGGAGAGUGAUACAGAUGUGGAGGAGGUUGCAGAGAAUCCAGAUGUUGUACAGAAGAGCCAUCAGCCCGCCGUUGAGGUGGGCAGUGAUACAGAUGUGGAGGAGGAGAAAGAGACUCCAGUGGUAGUACAGAAUAACCAUCAACUUGUUUCCCCAGGGGGCGGAGAUGCAGAUGUGGCGUGGGUGGUGGGAAAACCAAAUGUGCGACAAACGAACAAUGAGCUUGCUGCCUCUGAGGAUAGUGAUACAGAUGUGGAGGAAUCUGAUAGAAAUCCAGAUGUUGUCACUGCAAAGAGCCAUCCCCUUGCUGUUGACAUGGGCAGUGAUACAGAUGUGGGGGAGACUGGGAAUCCAGAUGUGGGUACAAAGAGCCAUCCACUCGCCAUUGAUGUGGGCAGUGAUACCGAUGUGGAGGAAGAGGAGGCAAAGAAUCCAGAUGUUGUAAUGAAGAAUGAUCCACAUGCUCUCCCUGGAGACAGAGAUCCAGAUGUGACAGGGACAGUGGGGAAACGAGAUGUGCAUCCUAAGGGCCAUCAUUUUGCAGAAAAUGAGGACAGCAAUACAGAUGUGGAGGAGUCUGUGGGGAAUCCAGAUGUUGUACAGAGGAGCCAUCAGCCCACUCUGGAGGCAGGUGACGAUACAGAUGUGGAAGAGGCUGAGGAGAAAUCAGAUGUUGGAAGACGAAACGACCCUCUGCCUGUCGCCACUGGGGACAGCGAUACAGAUGUGGAGGAGAAUCCAGAUGUUGGCCAACAGACUCUUCACUGGCCCAGUGGAGACAGCGACACAGAUGUGGAGGGGGCUCCCGGGGCAGAGUUCGACCAGACGCCAGGUCCUGUGGGGGGCCCAGUCCAGGCGGGUGGGGAGCAGCCACCAGCUGCCCAGUCCUGUGUCAGCCCAGAGACCAAGUUGAUGGACACGGAGGGGAACAAGGAUCCAGCGUGGGGCCCAGGCCAGCCUGGAGACGACAGCGAGACGGAUGUGGAGGAUGACGCUGAUUUUGCCCUGCAGGCCACGCAGUGCUACCUGGCUGAGGAGACGCUGUCCUCAGGGGCUGAGGCCACCAGAGCCCCCACGGCAGCAGAUUCGGGGAGCAGCCUAGAGGAGGAAGCCACCCAGACAUUUGUCUUCAGAUCGCCCCUGCCUGCACAAGGGUCCGUGAUGUCGCCCCCUGCUGGACCAGCCCUGCAUGCGCCAGUCUGUACCUCUUCAGAGAAGGAGGAGGACUCGGACGAGGAUCUGUGUGUUGUGGAAGCGACUCAGUCGUUCUGCAAGGACCCCGGGCCCCACUCGGACCAGCCCACGCAGCCCUUCCUCCCCGAGGAGGACACCCAGCUGCUGCCCCGUCCCCCGCCACCAGGGGGAGUCCUGUCUCAGGAGCCAGCCCAGCCCGCAGUACCCGGCCUGGCCUCUGGGGGGCUGCUGCCCCUCGGCCCCAAGGAGGAGUCAGAGCCCCCUGGCGGGGCAGUGCCAGCAGGGGGCGCCAGGAGGGAGCCACCAGAGGAGGAGGAAUCCCAGCCCGUGCGUCUGGUGCUGAGCGCUCCCCGCAGGCCAGCCCUGGUACUGCGGGGCGAGGCCAGGCAGGCAGGAGCAGAGCCCAGGGGCAGCAGCUCUGGGCAGCGCCUGAGAGGGCAGGGUGGCCCGGAGGCUGCGGAGAGACGGGAGACCCCAGCAGCUGUUGGGGUCACGGGGGCCGGGCCCCACCCCAUGGGGCCACGGCCUGAGGAUGCUGGGAAGGUUCCAGAGGCUCAUUCCAGUCCCUCCACCCCCAUGAGGCGCCGGAGCCUGCGAUCUGCUCCGGUUCCCGCUCCCCCACCACCAGCCCCUGCCCCGGAGAGGCGGAGCCGGCGGGGUGGGGCGGAGAAGUCCGUGGGGUCUGGAGAACCCAGCCAGCCCGCCCCGGCCGCCCCCCAGCGUAGGGGGAGGCACCAGCUUUGCAGCACAUCCAUGUAUGUGGAGGCGCCGGAGCCGGGGAGUGUCAAGGAGGUGGAGCAGCCUGGCCCUGUGAAGAGGCCCAGGAGGGCUGUGCGGACUCAGGAGGACCCCCCCACAGAGCCAGAGACCUCAAGCCAGGGGGCUCCAGGCCGAGCCCGGAGAUCUCGGGGGGCUGCUGGCACAGAACCGGCCGCAGCCAACGAGCCCCGGAGGGGAUCAGGGGGAGCAGAGCAGGAGGCGUUGCAGGGCCGAGCCCGGCGGUCCCAGAGAGCCCCUGUCCAGGAGCCAGCCCCCAGGAGGAGGGGUGCUGCAGAGCCAGCCAGGGAGACCCAAGGCAAGCGGAGAGGGGUGGCCACCUUGGAUCCGCCUCCGGCACAGGGCGAGGGACGAGUGGGCAGUGCUGCAGCCCAAGAGGAUGCUGGGAGUGACGCCAGAAAGAGGCAGGAGGUGCCGGUCGCCCCAUUGCGGCGCCAGAGCACGGAGAACAAGGUGGAGGGGCUGCGGACCAGGGCCCCUCGCCGAUCCCAGGGGGCAGCCGGUGGCAUGGCCUCCCCCAGGGUGCUGUUCACGGGGGUGAUCGACGAGGCGGGCGAGCGGGUGGUCUCGGCGCUGGGCGGGGCGCUGGCCCGGUCGGUCUUCGACUGCACCCACCUGGUGACGGACCGGGUGCGCCGCACGGUGAAGUUCCUGUGCGCCCUGGCCCGCGGGGUGCCCAUCGUCACGCUGGACUGGCUGGACAAGAGCGGGCGCAGCGCCUGCUUCCUGUCACCCAGCGGCUUCCUGGUGCGGGACGCGGAGCAGGAGCGAAACUUUCACUUCAGCCUGGCCCAGUCGCUGCAGCGAGCACGCAGGGGACCCCUGCUGCAGGGCUACGAGAUCCACGUCACCCCCAACGUCAAGCCGGAGCCCGAGCACAUGAAGGACAUUAUCCAGUGCAGCGGGGGGGUCUUCCUGCCCCACAUGCCUCGGACAUACAAGGACAAGCGCAUGGUCAUCUCCUGCCCCGAGGACCUGCCCCGCUGCCGACCCGCCCUGAGCGCCCGGCUGCCCGUCGCCAGCACCGAGCUCAUCCUGACGGGCAUCCUGCAGCAGGCGGUCGACCUGGCCUCCUACCGCCUGGCCGGGCCGCCUGCCGCGCCCCCGCCCAGCGCCACUGCCCCUGCCACCCGGGCGAGCAAGAGGAAGGGGGCGUCGGGUCCUGCCCCCGCCCCGCCCAGGUCUGCCAAGAGGCGGCGCUGAGGGGCCCUGACCUUGGACCCACGAGCCUUAGCCCUGUAAAUACCCCCCUUUUCUAGCAGCAGUAAAGUCAUUUUGAAAUCAAAA